CGAGUUGCAGACGAUGCGAUGCUUGAAAACGAUCAUGACAGCGUUAUUCCCGCGCAGCUCUCCUUCCUCGCCAUCUACAACCCGACCCUCGGCCCCACCGAUGAGACGUUAGACGACCAGAUCGUGUUCCACACCUCGAAGGCGGACAAUCAACGUACAGAGGACUCUAACGCGGAGGAAGGGGAUGGGAAAAUAUACGAGAGUAGCAGGAAUGACAAGUUGCGUCAGAUCGGCCUCGCGCAGGGCAUGGUGAGCUUUGCCAGCAAUUUCUCGGACAAGCCACUGGAAUAUGUCGAAACUGAUAAAUCACGGGUAGUUCUUCUCGAACUGGAGAAGGACUGGUGGAUUGUUGCUUCUAUCGAUCUUACUCGAUCACCCGCUGAUCCAUCUCAAAAUUCCUCGGGCGACGGAGCUGGCUCUCCUGCGUUUCAAUACUCGGCGAGGGAAAUGGGCCCCUCACAGCUAGUUAUCCAGCAACUACGGCGUGCGAACUCGGUAUUCCUGCUCCUUCAUGACUUCUCCUUGAGCAAUCUCUACACUCGCGUUGGAAGAACUGCAUUCUGCCUCUUUUUAGAACGUUUCUGGGAGAAAUUUGCAUGGAAUUGGGAUCUCCUUUUGACCGGAAACCCCAUCGUGGAAAUUUAUAAUGGGAUCAAACUAGCCGCGGGAGGAGAGUUGGGAAUUGGGGUUGGAGAGGAAGAAUGGGGUAGUGGCGAAAGAGAAGUCCUUGAAGACUUUGUGGCCAGGACAGAGGGAUUGGUUGACCUGGUUGUCUCGAGGUUUGGGGAUCCGUCCAGGCAAGCCAACGACUCUCCCCCAAUAUCCAGAAACGGUGAAAGUCAAUGGCUAGGGUCAGAUAUUGACCCUCGACCUGCGGAUGGAAUCAUUUUUUCCGGGGCUGGAUCUGUUUCCCGUCCCUCUUUGACACAUUUGUCUCACUGGGUGGAGUGGAUCUUCCGAUACGGCGACGCAGCGUAUGGAAUUGGGCGGGACCCAAACUCGCUGCGUCGGCGAAAACCAAGAAGGCAAAGAAGGCAUGAAUCAGCUGGAGCUCAGCCGUCAACGCCAGACCUCGGUUACACGCCGGGAAUCCCUCGCCCGCUGGUGUUGGCAGAGCCACAGCCACUUCCCAAGGCCCGAGAGAACACGCCGGAAAGAGGAAAUGAGACCCCUCUGCCAGAAGAUGACCAAACUACAGACAAGUCGAUGUUCCCAACGGACACGGUCAUGAAGUACCUGACCCUUGGCUAUGGCUCCGCUUGGAGCUUUUCUCCCAAAUCAUUAUCUGAGUCACCUGUCGGUUCUCCCAGUGAAGUCAAUGAAUCAACGGCUACCACUUCUGGACAAAACGAAACUACCGCGGCACGGUCUCCGCCGCCCAUCGAACCACGGCUCCGCGAACAAAGAAAUGAACCAAAGAGCCAUACACAUGGCCGCUUUGUCCUAGGACCCCGUGAUGAUCUGGAUACUCUGGAUGACCUUGAAGAAGGAAGUCCGGAGCCUAGGGUGGAGAGCAGAUCGAAGAGUCGAAUCAUACACCGGACAGUUCAUGUCCAAUUGACAGAUUCUGACGAGGUCAAACAGCUUCAGGCAGUUAUAUACGUGCACCAACCAUUCGUGUUCACGUUCCUGUUCGACCCAGAGACCUCAUCUCUAUCAUCUCCAAGUCUAUACACAAGCAUCCACCACCAACUAGGCCCUCUCCAAAAACCUCUCUUGGCAUCAACCUCUCCCACAACCGCCGCCUCGCGCAUUUCUAUGACAGAGGGCACACCCGAUUCCAGCAAGCGCCAAGUAGUCUACGACCUCGUCUAUGACCCAUCAAACCUAACUAUCCGUUCAUCCAUCCCAAAUAUCCCGGGCCUUUCCACACCCUCUCAUAUCAGAGAACCCUCGGGCUCCCCGCGCACUCCCUCUCCCUCUUCCUCUCGGCCAAGCACAUGGUCACGCGUCGAGAGCCUGGCAAUCCACCACCGCCUCCUAACAACAUACGUCGACACCCGCACCCGGCCGCAGGAACUCGAGCGUACCAGCAAAACCAAUCGAAGCUGGUGGAUAGUCUGGGUACGCUUCAACAACGCCUCAGUUUCUGCACCUGCUCUAUCCCUAGAUGAAGACCAGCUCCCUUCAACGGCCCCAUCUCCUCGAUUGGAUAUUACUCCAUCUCCAGCUCAGGAAGCCUUCAUCGUCCGCAAAGCAAGUGACUACGUCUCUCCAACCAGCCACGCCCGGAUCAGCAGCGGAGCGCGCUUCUUCCGCGACCUAGGCGGCGCUUCAUCUACCAAGUUAAGUUCAUCCCGAGCAAACGACACCACGCCGUCAAAGCUAGCCGAGGGACUUGGUAUGGAUGCGCGACGGUACAUCGAGGGCUUGCUAAGUCUGAACCGGUCAUGA